CCUUCGCCGCCUGCCCCCUGGUGUCCGGCCGGGCGGCGGCGCGGGGACCGCUGCGGGCGGAGGGGACAGGCGUCCUCAGCACUAGGAUGGGGCGGGGAUGCCGGGCCAGCCCCGGCUCGCCAAACCCGGCAGCGACAGGCGCAUUUCCAGCCAUUGACAGCGGGACAAGCGUUCGGGUCUUACGCGCUUGCGGCGCCUGCGUUUGCCUAUUGAUUCAUUUGUUUCAUCAAUAUACGAAAUAACAAAAUACAGCUCCCAUCCUACACUCCGGGCCUCUCUUUCUUCAGCUACGCUACACAAACGAAUGUAAUACCACAACCACCGCCUGCUGUCUCAUCUAUACCCGCCAGACAGUAGAACCCCUAUUUUAUGAACAAAUAAUGCAGGAUUGAGGAGUUCCUAAAAAGAAAAAGUUCGUGAUACUGACCUCAACAUUACUAAAGGAAUGGGGCAUGUAUUGCGGUAGGGUGCACUUCAUUGCUGUCUUGUCUUUCAAAAUGAUGCAAUGUGACGUUCAAUGCAUCAAAAUGGGAAAGGAUGUCCAGUUGUUCUUCAUUGCCAUCACCUUAUGUUAUUUUUCUUUCAUUGUGGAAAAUGGUUUAUGUGAUUGAUGGUAAGACUGGUGUUCAUAAAAAAUCAAGAUUCUGUUAUCCUUGCAACCACCCCAAUCUUCAGCCUCCUUCCUCCACAAUAGCUUGCAAAAAAGAAAGAAUAAAGGAUUUGUUUUGCAGCACAUCUGGAAGAUUAACAAAUCCAGGCUCUGGUGGACCUAAUGAGAAAGUAAGAUUUCAGUGAGGUUCUAGCUGGAGCCUGCCUGCUGAUCUCAACUCUCCCACUAUGUCUUGUGGAGAGAGAGGCAAUCUUUCAGAUAAUCAGGUCACAAACAAUUUUAGGCCAUCAAUGGGACUCUGCUGAACACAUGGGUCCACCAGCUCACAGUUCAUCACAGGAGCAGGGCUUUAGGGCAUGAGAACCAGAAGUUAAACUGCCUGCUUUAGUUUUAAUUUUAUGUUGAGUGAAUUGCUGAAGAUACACAACCAGCAUAAAUGGCAGAACAGCGCCUGGACCUGUUGGUGCGAGAUUGGUACCUCUCGGGAGCCUACGGCGCGGACGCGGGACAGGAGUAUCUUGGAGAAAUCACACAGGACCUGGAGGUCUCUUCUGAGCAGCCCCUAGUGUUGGAAGCCCUGUGGGCGAGUGGCACCCGGUGCUACCUAUUGCCCCACCCUGGCACUCAGUUCACCAGGAGCAGGGCAGGGACGCCAGAUGACAUAGACGAGGAUUUCCGGCAGUGCCUGUGUGAGUACGUCACCAGUGUGGUGCACUCAGCAGGGACACACGUCCGGAUGGACCGAGCCAGGCAGGUGCUGACGGGGGCUCAGCUAGCUGCCAGGAUCAAGGGCGUCUCCCGAUAUUGGAAGACCCAACGCUACGACUUCUCCUCACCCAUGAAGAUGGCUGAGGCGUUUGCAGUGAUGAGACAGGAGUUAAACAGGAGAGCAGUAGAAGCCACCAGGAGGGAAUAUGAUCAAUUAGUGCAGGAGCUGGACCGUGACCACCAGAGCAUGAGCAGCUGCCUGAGUGUGAAGCCCCUGGAGAUGCAGCGACGCCUGGAGGGGAAACGCCAGGAGCUGCUGGAGCGCUGCCGGGGGGAGCUGCGGGGCAAGGACCCCCAGAAACAGGCGGCCCUGGAGGAGCUGAAGAAGGAGCUGGACAAGCAGAUGGCGGAGUUCCUGCCGCGAUAUGAACAGCGCUUUAAAAUGGCAGCGAUGAUAGAGGAGGAAAACAGAAAAGCAGUAGAAGCCUCCAGGAGGAAAUAUGAACAAUUUGUGCAGCAGCUGGACCGUGGCCACCAGAGCAUGCGCCGCUGCCUGAAUGUGAAGCCUGUGGAAAUACAGUGACGCCUGGAGGGGAAAUGCCAGGAGCUGCUGGAGCGCUGCCUGGGGGAGCUGCGGGGUGAGGACCCCCCAGAAACAGGCGGCCCUGGAGGAGCUGAAGGAGGAGCUGGACAAGCAGAUGGACAAGUUCCUGACGGCCUAUGGGCAGCACUUUAAAGUGAAGAAGGCCGAGUGGUUGGGCCUGGCCAUGGGUCGGGGGGUGGUUCCUGGCAGUGGUGGGUGCGGGUAUCGGAGUAGGCAUCAGGGCGAGUGUAGUUGUAGUGGGGCUGGAGGAAGCAGUGGCCGUUGGGGUUCUGGCUGGGGGCUUUGGCCUGAUGUGGGGGGAGGGUUGGGCAGCUGGGUGGGCCCCAGUUUGGAUGGUAGGUGGCCUCGAGCAAGACAGGCACCAACACCCUAGGUCCCUAGGUCAGGGGGAUGAGCGGGAGAGCAGGGCAGGGUGUUCAGAUCAGGAGCCCCUUCUGUGGAGGGACACACAGUGGGAAGGAACCAUCACACCUCACUCGGGUAAAGGGUCUGUCCCAGCCCUCAGCACUGGGAACCUCUGUAUGCAAGGGGAUAGAUAGGUAGGUAGAUAGAUAGAUGGGGCAUGUGGGGAUAGAUAGAUAGAUAGAUGGGGUGGAUGGGGAUAGAUAGUGUUGGAGAAUAACAGAGUUCUCACUUUUUGUUUGGGUAAAGCAAGUCAGAUACUUUAUUUUCUCUAACAAUUGCAUAGAGGGAGAGAGCUAAACAGGUCUCUUUAGUGGUAAACAGUUACAGGAAACCUUUAUACCUUUCAUUACAGACAAUAAUAAGCAACAGCUGCAUUUUGUUGAUACAUAGGCCAUCUUGAUAUCUUAUUUUUCUCACUUGUU